GGGGUUACGUAUAUCCGGCGAGUAGCUCGCGUUCCCGGGUGCUGCUGGGCUGUGUGCUCAGAGGAGGGUCGAAGACGCCCGCCGCAGCUGGAGGAGCUUGUUGGGCCGUAGUGAGCACUAAUAAUGUCUUUCAUCUUUGAGUGGAUCUACAAUGGCUUCAGCAGUGUGCUCCAGUUCCUAGGACUCUACAAGAAAUCUGGAAAACUUGUAUUCUUGGGUUUGGACAAUGCAGGCAAAACCACUCUUCUACAUAUGCUCAAAGAUGACAGAUUGGGCCAACAUGUUCCUACAUUACAUCCGACAUCAGAAGAGCUGACGAUUGCUGGAAUGACUUUUACAACUUUCGAUCUUGGUGGGCAUGAGCAAGCACGUCGGGUUUGGAAAAAUUAUCUCCCAGCAAUUAAUGGGAUUGUCUUUCUGGUGGAUUGUGCAGAUCAUCCUCGCCUCAUGGAAUCCAAAGCCGAACUUAAUGCUUUAAUGACUGAUGAAACAAUAUCCAAUGUGCCAAUCCUUAUCUUGGGUAACAAAAUUGACAGAUCAGAUGCAAUCAGUGAAGAAAAACUCCGUGAGAUAUUUGGGCUUUAUGGGCAGACCACAGGAAAGGGCAAUGUGACCCUGAAGGAGCUGAACGCCCGCCCCAUGGAAGUGUUCAUGUGCAGCGUGCUCAAGAGGCAAGGCUACGGCGAGGGCUUCCGCUGGCUCUCUCAGUACAUUGACUGAUGUUUGGACAGUGAAAAUAAAAGAGUUUUACUUCUCUGGACUGAUCCUA